AUGAACUCCAAAAUGCAAAGAAAAGGUCAGGUUUCAAAAUAAUUCCUUUAGCAAUAGCGGUUUGAGUUACUGAUUUUCUAUAAUUCGUUUCAGUUUUGGCAAUCCAAGCGAAGAAAAAGAGGCUGAAAGCUCCCAAAGCACGCAUGAGGCCGGACGAUAGCAAGUCAAAGCCGAAAAGGUAAAGAGGUUUUCCUAAACUUACAACAAGUUUCUGUGAGUUAAUGGAUCGUUUCUCUUUCUUGUUAUUUUAGCGGUAGUGUUUCUAGUUUCAAUGACGAGGAUUAUGAAGUGGACGAAAAUUCGGACGAAGAAGAGCAAGAAGAACCCGGAGAUUAUCUCAAAGGUAUAAAAGAACGUAUUUAACCUAAGUUAGCUUACUUCUAAGAGCGUGCGGCUAAAAUCUGUUUGAGUUUCAUGCACGUGGAUAAGCGAUCUUUUAAUGCGAACCAAGCAGCAUUUACUGGCCUUAUGAGACGUUGAGAAGUUUGUUCUUCAUUACUCCUUUGUUCGAAAAUAGCUGACAACUUCUAGACACCGUUUGUCGAUCUGUUCGAGUACAGCAAUAAUCAGACGAGUUGGAGAAAAUAAGCUCAUUAAAUGCGGCCAGAUUAAGUUCACGCAAAAAAUUGUGCUGUGCAUCUCAAGUCCUAUUAGAUUAGUUUAAACUGAGAUUCUCAGUUUUUUUGUUUAAAGGAAACAGUAAUUUUUAUGAUCAUCUGCAGGUUAGAAACACGGUCCUUGCUUUCAGAUUGCUUAAACUGAUCGAUAAAGGAAUUUUUUAGUAGACAAGCUUUUGAACUGUCAAAUUUCAAUAUUGUUCCACCGUUUUUAUCAAUAUACUAAGGACACUAAAUGUCUUUUAUGAAGGGUGCUUCUAAACCUUAGAAGAAAUAUUCUUGUUAGAAAAUGAUCCUGAAAGAUUUCUGUUUUACCCGAUGAAAAGUGUUUUGUUUGAUAUAAAAUGUGUAUCUAAAAUUACCGUUUGAAUACAUCAACAAAGGGAGCAAAUGAUAUUUUUUGGACUGCCAAAAAAUUUCCAUUUGUUCCAUACACUUUUGCGUAAAAAAGGUGUAGUUUGAAUUAUGCCAAUUUUGAAAAGUUAUUGCAGCUUUUUCUCUAGCAUUUUGGCCAAUUUCAGGUUUAAAUUUUUGAAGAUUUAAACCGUUUUUUGAAAUCUUUUAAAAACGUUUCAUUCUUUUAUGAAAUGCAUUGUUUUUAAAAAACUGUAGUUACUAUCUGAAAAUUAUCACGAAAUAUGCUAAUUCAGCCAACAGUUGUGUCUGGUAGACUUUACUUUAUAAUAAUUAUUAUAUUUUUUCUUUUUUUUCCUGUGGAAAAAACGAGAUAAAAGUUAUGUGUGUAACUAAGAAAUUAAAACAGAGACAACUUAGACAAGAUUCAAAAAGGGUGUCUUAACUUUUAGAACGGAAUAGCGUUCUCAAUGCAUAGUGCAUUAAAGUUAAGUAUGCCAAUCAUUUAAAUUAGUUUCACUUAGCUGUUAAUUUGAAUUGUAGAAUAGUGUGAUUAGUUCACAGACUGCGCGCAGUCUCUAAUUUUCCUUUCCAAAGUUAUUCUAUGCAUAACCCAUGCAUGCACGUGAGUUGCACUAAACGAGGGCGUAACCUAAAGGGAAAAAAAUAAAAAUAAGAGCCUGCGGACUCUUUUGUUCUGUCUGGGGACAACAAAACUGUUAAAGUACAGUGGAAGCUUUGUAAAGGGGACAUCCUUGGGAUGUGAAAAAGGUGUCGGUAACUGGAGCUGGCUGCUUACAAGAAUGUAAAAAUACAGAGUUUGUAUCAGAGUUGAGUAAAACAGGGUUUUGUAAAAGUGUUCGGAAGUAGAGCUGUCCUCUUACGGGAGUGUUCGUUAGCAGAGCUUCCACAGUAAUUUUAUUAAUGAAUUACAGCCAAGUAACUUGAGCCAAUUUGUAAAUGGAACAUAAACAGCUGGAAAUUACACUUUUUAAAAUCCUGUAAGAUUGCCAUGACAUCUUUUCUGGCAGAAAAUUUACAGCAUUUUCCUUCUGUUCUGAUCAUUAUUUUUAGCUCAUAUACAUGUAUGAUUAUGCUUGGUUUGUAAUUGCUCAUAGUGAGUUGUGUGUGCGACGUGUUCUUCUGACUAUUUUUAGCGCUUGUUAUUUCACACCACGCUUAUCCACAGACCAGUCAAUGAUCUGUCAACAGCUGUAAAAUCCACUAAUCAGCUGCUUCAUUUCUGAGCUCAUGGAGGGUUUGUUUACCACAAAAAAGUCCGCAGUCGAUCUUUUCUCAUCUUGUCCUAAUCCCUCUUCAUAAUCAGGGUGCAAAGAAAAUCAUUUUUACAGCUUGCCUGUCGGGCAAGCUGAAGCUACAUUUACUAGCCCAGACGUCAUUUCAAAUAGCCCCAAACCUUUUUGACGAGCAGAAUUGCUUUCACAGUUCUUCUGUUAUUCAAACUCCUCAAAAAACAUCACUUGCCCGUCGGGCAAGUUAAAAAAAGAAUUCACUAGCCCGAUAGCAAAAUCCACUAGCCCCGGGCUAUCAGACACUACUUUCUUUGCACGCUGAUAAUGUCGUCAUUUGGAAUUGCGCCGGCUGGGAUAAGCACGUAUUUUAAGAGAAAAGGCGGACUGCAAGCAGUCUAUUGGUUCAAGGUCUAGCUUUGUCAUCAGAAGACUUUGUUCUUUGAUUCCUCUUCUUUACAUACCAUCAUACGUUGUGUGGUUCCAUAAAAUAUCCAUACCCACUCUUUAGCGCCUCAGUCAUUUAAAGGCUGAAGUUGUAAAGUAAAUAUAAGGCGAAACUUAAAUUUCCAGAGGGAUGGGGGAGCUUGACCCAAUAAACCCUUCUUGAACAAUGAUGACAAAAACAAGCUGUACUAAUAAGCAGAUAAUAUUACAGUCACAUUGCGCGCAGCUAGCAAGGCUAUUCAAGGCGGGACAAUGCGUGCAAAAUAUGAAAUUAAGAUUAAGGCUAACUAAGGAAAGUAUACAGUUUACUAGAUAACACAAUGAAGAAGAAAGAAUAAAACAAAUAAAUUGUUUUUAAGUAGAAACUAAUAAGCAAGAAUUUAGUGUUUGAGAUUUUUGGCUAAUUUUACCUUUGUGAUAAAAAAGGUGGGCGUAUCAAUAUAGUUAUCCUCUGAAUUCAAAACGUCAAAAAGUGAUUUAAGGAGAGUUUUUUUGAAUUGAGUCUUGGGAGAUGUUGGAUGUGACAGGGUAUCUCUUUCCACAGAAAGGGUUAUGGAUGUUUUUUAGAGUAACACAUUUACUUGCAAAGUCAGUACUCCAAGGGUUAACAAAAUAGCCAAAAGCUGGUGAAAAUCACCCACUUUGUAGUAUGUUUGGUCAGCCGUAUGUAUACUCUGCUAGUAGACUGCAAACAGUCUCUUAUUUUUCUUUUGCGUCACGGUAAAAUGCAAUAACUUGCGACGAGUGAGCAGAGAAGCCGUGAGGAACUAGGGUGGAGCCUGAGUGAAGAAGAAAUAAGAAAUUGUCUCUUGCCCCAAUCUCUCCUCCUUUUUUUGCCAGUAAUUUGCAUAAUUUUAACUUGUCACUUACCCCGUGUGGCUCUGAUGAAAAAAGGACGAGCGGUCGCGGUCUACUCUGCUAGACGGUUCUGCUGAUUCUUCAACCAUUGAAGAGGAUAACUAUGUUACAUCAUUCCCCAUUUCACAAGGUUCUGGAGAGUGAAUUAGCUGAGUAGACUGAUCUUUGCUUCCAAUUUUAUUGUUUGCAGGAGGUUACCAUCCUGUUCGCUUAGGAGACUUGUUUAACAACCGCUACAGCAUAAUCAGAAAGCUAGGAUGGGGACACUUUUCAACUGUAUGGCUUGCAUGGGAUCUCAAGUAAGACUUAUCUUCAAGGAGCUGGGCCAUGAAAUUCAUCAAUAUUCAAACAGUGUGAACUGUUACUAAAUUGAGUGAAGUUACAUAAAAAUAACCUCUCAAAACAUUAAAAAAAGAAUUAAAUGAACCAUUAAACCAUUAAUUAAACAAAUGAUUUAGAUGUAGUACGUCCACACAUUAUUAAUAGGUCUUCAUCUACUACAUUCAACUCUCUCUAUAGCGGACACUUUAGGGACCUCGAGUUAGUGUCCUUAUUAGCAAGAGGCUUAGAGCAAGAGUCCUUAAUAGCAGGAGUUUAUACCAGCCAAACGUCUGCAAUUUAUUUUCGCCUGGGAUUUAGCUGCUGUCCGUAUUAUCGAGGUGUCCAUUAUAUUGGGUUAUCCGCAAGUUGAGAGCGUACUGUAUUCCUGAUUGAACUGGAAUUGGGAAGGUUGGUUUUUAAUGAGAGGGGUAAACUGUGGUAAUGGAGUUUAUCUGAGUAGAACACCUUGCAGUACACGUUGUGUCAGUGUGUACCUUCAAGUUCAACUGCAAUGUACACAGUGUAUCCUUUAACACCUGCAAACAAGACCUUUUGAUUUUAAAGGUCUGAUUACUCUUUUUAUUUCAGAGAUCGUCGGUUUGUUGCCCUAAAAAUUGUGAAAAGUGCUUCCCAUUAUACAGAGACUGCAAUUGAUGAAAUGAAACUGCUAAGGACAGUAAGUGAUACAUAAAAUUAAUGUGAGUGUCAAAUUUGUACGUAUAUGUGGGCAGUUACAGAUCUGUUAUAUAUAAAGAAAUUGACAUAUACACAGAUCUGACAGGAAUAUCUUAUUAUGGUUUUGAGUUGAAUCAGAUUUGAAUAUUUAUUCAAUCAACACGUCAACAAUAUUACAACUGAUACUAUUUGCCGAUGAUACAAACGUAUUUUUGUCUCACAAGGAUAAAGACUGCCUUACUAAUAUACUGAACGCUGAACUAAAUAAGUUGUCAAUAUGGUUUAGAGCUAACAGGCUUUCAUUAAACUUGAAAAAAACCAAAUUCAUUGCAUUUAAACCAUCCCAAAAGCGUACAAAUCAAACUAUUCAACUUUUAAUUAAUAGUCAAAAAAUUGAUCAAGUAAAAGAAACAGUUUUCCUGGGAGUAAUCAUGGACGAAAAUUUAAAUUGGAAAUCUGAAAUCUCACAUGUCGCCAAUAAAGUUUCUAAAUGCACAGGAAUUAUUCGUAAAUCCAGUUUCUAUUUAUCCACGAAAACCUUACGAACACUAUAUUUUCUCUAGUCUAUCCAUACCUUUUUACUGCAACUUAGUUUGGGCCUCUACUUACAGAACUAACCUUAUUCAUCUUGAGAUUUUACAGAAACAGUGAUCAGAACUAUAGCUAAAACCACUUUCGAUGCACAUACUGAUCCAAUCUUUCAAAAUCUUGGUAUCUUAAAAUUUCAUGAUAUAUACUUAAUACAACUAGGCUUAUUCAUGUACUCCUAUCAAAACCAUACUCUACCUUUAAAAUUUCAUUGUAAAUUUACCUUACAAAGUCAAAUUCAUUCAGUAUAAUACAAGAAACUUCGUAAAAUUUUGUCUGCCUUUCUGUCGUACUCGAACCAAGCAAUUUUCCGUUUUUUAUCAAGGACCUAAAUUUUACAACACCUUAAACACCAACAUCAUCAACGCUUCCUCACCUUUCUCCUUUAAAAAAACACUCAAGGCAUUUAUUUGUAAUAAUUAUUAGUAUACUUCAACAAAAAUCUUGGGAAAAAGCCUUUUAAUAUUCAACAUUUGUACAUGUAAACUUCCGUAAUAUUGAUUAGUUUAAUUUUUCACCUGAUAUUAUACUGUACCCGUCGCCGUAAUUUUUACGCCAUCUUCGAAAAAUUGUAAUUGAGGAGGCCUAAUUAACAUAAGCUCUAUAGUUUCUUUUAGGCCUCCUCGCCAUCUCUUCCUACAUUUUUUUUUUUUUUUUUUUUUUUUUUUGGCAUCUUUAAGUAAUGUAAUUGUGUGGCAAAUAAAUAAAAAUACCAAAUACCAAAUACCAAAUUUAUUCAUGUUUAUAACAUUGUUGUUUAUCUUGUGGGUGGGGCCCACACAUUCCCUUGCAUAUCUCAUUUGGAUUGUAACAAACGCUUUGUAAAUGGUAAUUUAUUAUAAACGCUCCUGGUUUCCUAGAUACGACAUUCCUAAUGUUGCACAUUACCAUUUUACUUGUUUUUAGUGUCAUUCUUUUCAUUUGUUCAUUCCUCUGACGACACAGAGUUAAGAUUGCAAUGUAGCCUAAGAAAACAGCUGAAAUUUUGCAACAUCACCAUUGGUUUCCUUGCAAAAUGUUGUCUGAGAAACAAGUGCAAAAAUUCCAUACUGAUGACAUGUCCUACCCAGAUCUGGGUAGUACUUCUGAUUGGUCAUGCCAUGUGGGAAAUUUGCUUCAACCAAUCAGAAGCACUAACCAGAUCUUGGUAGCGACAUGUCAUCAGUAUGGAAUUUCUGCACUCAUUUUUUCAGACAGCAUUUUGCGAAGAAACAAGAGGUGGCAUCGCAAAGUGUCAGCUGUUUUCCCUGGUAAGUGCAGUUUGAAACAACUUAGAUUAACCAUUGCCUUUUCAAAGUGAGAGAACCAGGUCCUUGUUCUUUCUCAACAAUGUAUUAAUGAUAUUAUCUUAUUUUAAUUGAGGAAGAGCAUAGAUUACAUUCUUUGAGGAAAUUUCUGCCUGAUUUCAGUAGUAAACACGAUUGUAGCACAUGAUUUUUGAAUAAUGUUAAUUUUUUCCAGGUUCAUACAGCCGACACAGACCAUACUGGGUAUAAACAUGUUGUACAGCUCACCGAUGAUUUCAAAAUUGUAGGAAUAAAUGGCUCUCGUAUCCUCAAACAGUUUUUUCAUGUAUUCACUUCUCACCUUAAAGCUUAAAGAACAUAGACCUGUGAUUUUGAAGUUAUCUGUAUGGGCUUAAACAAAGUCCCAUUCAGUUUUCUGGGACAAGCAGUCAAACAAAGUCCCAUUCAGUUUUCUGGGACAAGCAGUCAAAUUUCUUGUGACUUAUAAACCUUGUUUGCCGAAAGGGCGAGGGUCCAGGAAAGUCAUCCUCUAACAAAAUAAUUAACUAAGACAAGCAAGAAUUGGCUCCAGAAUGGUAAAAUGUGAGAGCUGCUUGCCAAAAGGACAAGCUGAAAUUCAGGCCUAAUAAUACAUCUAUUCAUCCCUCUACCGCCCAUUUGUACAUCCAUUUGAAUUGGUUUGAUAAUCUAAUAAAUAAAGUAAUGAUAAUAAAAAUAGUAAAAAUAUUAAUAAUAACAAUAUUAGUAAUGAUAGUGAUAGUGAUGGUAAUGAUUAAGAAUUAGUUGAACCUCUAUUAAGCGGCUACCCUCAGGGUACGGGCAACUGGCUACUUGAUGGAGGUUGGCCGCUCUAUAGUUGUCGGAAAUUAGCAUAAUCUUAGCAGAAACACCACUUUAUUUUAAAGCAAAUGCACGAUGGGAGGAGCAUUACUGGCCCCAGUUGUUCCAAAGGUUGGUAAUGCUAAUUCCACUGGAUAAAUCUCUAUGCAGUGGAUAACGCAAUUGGUUUCCCUGAUACUUGUCCACUAGAUAAUGAUUUAUCCGGUGAAUAGCGCUAUACAAUGUUUGAACAACCAGGGCCUGGUCCACAAUGGGUCAUCAAUUUCAAUUUCGGACUGUAUUUUCCUUCAUCAUAUUCUUGAAAUGAAGCCAAACUCGCUGUAUCAAGCGCUUAAUAGCCACUUAAUCGAGGUGAAAAUAAUGGGAAAACUCUCAUCAGGAUGGCUAAAAGGUGGCCAUGUCCACUCCACUUAGGAGGUUGCCCCUUAAUAGAGGUUUAAUUUCCCAUUCUUUUGUACAAAUUAUUUCAGGACUUAUUUGAAUACUGACUGCUUAAUGGAGGUUCAACUGUAUUUAACUAUUAUUUUACUCCCAUAGGGAUAAGACUAAAUUUAUUAUUAUUGUUAUUUUUAUUUUUAUUAUUACUAUUAUUAUAUAUUAUUAUUAUUAUUAUUAUUAUUAUUAUUAUUGUAAUACAUGUGCUUCUUUUGCACUGCUGACUUGUUUACUCUUAAACGUAUUGUGUAUAGUUUUACUAUGUCUGAUCAAAACAAUAAUACCUUGACAUUGGUGUUACAGAUAUAUGUAUGGUUUUUGAAGUGUUAGGUCAUAACUUGUUAAAAUUAAUAAUAAAGUCCAAUUAUAGAGGAAUACCUGUGAUGCAAGUUAAGAGUAUUAUAAAACAGGUAUGUAGUUAUUGUUUUAUAAACUGAUUUAGUUUCAAGUGUACAUGUAGAAGCUCAACUUUUAGGUCCUGCUAAAUGUGGCUGUUUAAUGGAGACAAAAUGUAGUGCUAACAGUUUAGCUUUGUUAAACAAAUACGUGGUCUGGUGCACUUCCAUGUGAUACCAUUUGUUUUUGAAUAUUUUACAAACAAAAUUUGGAAUAUUUCUCAAAUUUUCACAUUAGCCUCUGAGAGUGCAAGGUUUAAAGAGGAAUUUUAAGGGUCCCUGUGUAAGAAAAUUAGCACCACUUGACCCAGGGUGAAAUAUUAAUACAGUAUAACCUCAAUAUAACAAACCUCUGUUUAAUGAAGUCCUUGGUAUAGUGAGUGAUUUUCUUUAUCCCAGUAAUAGUAAAAUAUUAUGGAAAAUAACCGUGAUAUAAUGAAACCUCGUUAAAGUCAACACAUUUUGCCAGAGUCUUGGCUGUUCAUUAUAUCAAUGUUCCACUGUAUGGGUAUUAUCAAUAGCAUAACCAUGGGUUUUUGUUGGCUACUGAGAAGAACAUUCAAAGAACUAAGCUAUGAGGCUCAGAUUAUUGUUUUGAGGGUUGUGUUAAAUUCAAAGUUUAGAGACUGUUACACUCCACAAAGAGAAGCUUAAAGAUUAGGUUUCCCCAGUUGGUUGUGUCAUAUUCAUAGAAAAAAGUUCAGAGCAGUAAUAGAUUUCUUAUUAAUACUUAUCUUUGUGCAGACAUUACAGGGACUUGACUACUUGCACACCAAGUGUAAAAUAAUACACACUGAUAUUAAACCUGAGAAUAUCUUACUGUGUGUGAGUGAAAAGCAUAUUCAGCAACUGGCCGCUGAGGCAGCAACUGCAAGAGCAUCAGGAGUGUACUCACCAGCUUUAAGUACGUUCAAUGAAAAAUAAUUUUAAAAUUACUGGUAGGUAGCUAAGUAUCAGGGACUUUCUUAAAUAGCUCAAUAUGAAGUUUGAUGUUUCCUGUAAAAUGUGAAAAAAAAAUGUUGUUUUUGUUUUGAUUACCCAUGAAAAUCUUAGGUGGUCUCAAGAGUUGUUUGAGACAUGUUAUCUCAAAACAUGUUUUCACCCUUGCUCCCUGAGUGGUAGCAAUGAUCUUGUUUCCAGCUCUGGAAUAUUAUAAUUUACUGCAUAAUUGGAUUUUACCAAUUUUUCUGCAUAAUUGGUUUUUACCAAUUUUAGGGAGGCAGCAUGGCCGAGUGGUCAGCGCGUCGGACUCGCCAUCCGGCAGUCCCGGGUUCGAGUCCCGCUCUGGCCACUUGCUGGAUUUGUGCUCGGUCAUCCCGAGUUCAAAUUCCCGGCCACGCUUGUUAAUAGCCAACUGGUUGCCUUCUGCCAGUUGGGGUUUUUAAUCCUGUUAUGUUGUAUUUGAAUUAUUUGUUUCUAAAUAUUUGAGUGGAGUGCCUGUAAAUUAGUUGGACAAGCUAAGUGCAAUUUCCACUAUAAACAAGCCUUUAACCUUUUUUUUUUUACCAGAAACUCAUAAGAGGCUGAAACGGGUAACUGUCAUAUGUUUGUUUUGUCCGAUGCUCAUGAAUAUUCUUUUUCACAAGUACCAUAUUUGAAGUGAGAAGAAAAGAAAACUGACCUAUCAAACUUCGUAAAUGAUGAGAUGUUAUUUCAGUCCAUGUUCUUGCCCCCGCUGAAAAAAAUAGGGAGGUUAUUAGCAACAACGAUAGCAACGGCUUAUGAAAACGCCACUUAAAAGUGAAUUUGCACUGCUUCCAACUUAUCCCAUCUCAUUCAGAUAGUCAAAUGUUACCAAAUUUUUCUGGAGUUGAAUUCUAAAGAUUGUGUCGAAGUUGAAUUCUAAAGAUUGUGUCGAAGUUCAGGCAAAGAAAAAGAAAGUCAUCGUCUUGUGUUUACGCCCUCCACAAAACAUGAAAUAGACACUUUCAUGCUGUGGUCAUGCAUUGACGGAAAAGAAAUGUACAAAAAAGGAUGAUGCACGUGCAAAGUUAAACCUAUUCCUUUCUGAGGCCGUAGCGAGGGUUUCCAAAUAUGGUACAUAGAAAAAUAAAUAUUCAUGAGCAUUGAACAUGAGUGACAGGUAUUAACUCCUUUUCUGAUCUUACCUCUUUUUUCCUUUUAGUAAGCUCAGCUCCACCAUCAGUAAUGCAGGUUUGUAAACUACUUAGAUACAACCAUCUCAAUUUACAGAUGUUCUUCAUAUGACACAAUGAACUUGAUUGGCCUAGACACUAUUUUUUGCAAAUUGAUGUAAUUUUGAUAAUAAUUAUUAACAAUAAUAAUAAUUAUGGUAAUAAUGAUAAUGAUAAUUAAGAAAAGCAUUUAUUUAUACACGUUAAAUAAGAGUCUGAUGUGGUCUCGUAUUAUCUAAACAAUAUCGUACAUGCUGGCCAUAGAUCUGUUAUAUAUUAUUUUUUUUAAUUUGAAGCAAUGCACAUCAACUAAAAUAUCAAAGAACAAGAAGAAGAAAAUGAAGAAGAAACUCAAAAAACAAAUUGAAAAGCAGCAACAGCAGCAGGAUGAAAUCGAGCAAGGAAUACUGGAAGAAAACGAAGAGGAUUCAGACAAGGAGACAGAAGAUUGUAGCAAUAACACAGAAAACUGCACUGAAAAUACCACUGAAUGUGAGCAAAAAUCAAGUGAACAAGCUCCAAGCGAAGCACUUUCCAACUGUUCACAGGAAAAGACUGUAGAAAAUCAUGUUGAUACUGAAUCAGUUGAACUGUCUGAAGAGCUUAGUAGUCAGACUCUACAAGAAAUGGGUGAGACGGCAUCAAAUGAUGCUAUGUCAACAACAGAGGAACAGCUUGAGUCAGGUGGGCUUUUUUGUUUCCUCACAAAUAUAAAUAAAUAAAUAAAUAAAUAAAUAAAUAAAUUAGUGAAUGCAUGUCCAUAGGUAAAAGGUAAAGGUAAAGGUAAAGGCACGCAUGAGCCACAGGCUCAAACAGCUGGAGCUUAUCCCUGUUUCCCUAGCGUGAAGCAUGCCUAGGAGUAUUCCUACUCCCCCCUGGAUGGGAUGCUAGUCCACUGCAGGGUUACCCCCCAGUGGUAUGAUGCUGGAACCCAUUUAUACACCUGGGUGAAGAGAGGCAAUGUGGAGUAAAGUUCUAAGGAAACAUCGCGAUGGGCGAGGCUUGAACCCCUGACCUCUAGAUCCAGAGUUUAAGGUGUUAACCGCUCACACAUGCCUCCGCAGCAAAUCCACAGAGUGGUUUUCCCAAGGUUUGGGAAGGCUGGGUUUUAAGGAGAAGGGAAAACUGUGGUGAACCAAUAACAAAUUAAUAAAGCCAUGAGCCAACAACAAAAUCAACCUACAUUUGUUGGCCCCACUGUGAUUCUAACCUCUGGGCCCAGCUGAUUAGACAUUGGAUAAUGAUUUCUGCGGGAUAAAGCACUAGUAAGUUUAUGCAACAAGAUGGCAGAGAGAAGAGGACAGCCAAAGGUUUAUGUGUGACAAACAUGACAGGGUAAUUACUUGCAUGUUUUGUUGUGAUCUUCACUUAAAGCUACAGUGGAACCUCGAUAUAAUGAACCAUGCUUCGUACAAUCUUGAAAAGGUCUUGAAUUUUAGUAGUCAUCUUGAAAAGUCCUUCAAUUUGGUUAAGGUCCUUGAAAAGUACUUGAUUUUUUUAUUAGGUCUUGAAAAGUCGUUGAAAUUCACUACCAUGUCUACGUCAGACACCCAUUUUCUGUAAAAUUUUAUUAUUUCGCCAAGGAAAAUCUGGCUCAUCCUCUGUGUAAGAACCUACUUAACUCUUGGGUAACUGCCCACCCACCCCACCCAUAACCCAUUUUUCUCACUGACAAGUGACGUAAAGGCAGAAACAAGGGUUAGGGGGUGGGAUGGGUGGGCAGUUUCCCAGAAACCUAAACUGAUCCGGCAAAAGGAGGCUCUACGCACAGGGUGCUACAAAGUAUGACAAAUAUUGUGUUUGAUUGCAUUUUUUCUGAUCUCGGUAGGUGCUCUGCUCUGUAAUGGAGAUGUAGAAGAUACGGACAGUAGGAGUGUUGAUAUGGAGUCAAUACCAGAACAGAAAGGUCAAUAACAUUAAAUAUUAUUAAUGACUGAAGAACCUUGAUUUUCUAGACACAGUGGGAGUUGUGUAAAUGGUAGGAAAAUCAAGGGUCUGGAUACCUUAAACUAUUGGUUAUAGAGCAGCUUGACUUGCAACGUUAUUAUGGGUAUACCGAGAACCUCUAUUUAGGGGACACCCUCGGGACCAAGCCACGUGUUCCCUCAAUGAGGGUUGGCCUGGGGUUUUUCACCAACAAACAAAAUAUAUUUUUCUUUUAUUCUGCCUCGGAAUCUCCUGCAGUUUAUUUCAAGCACCUAGUCAAUGUAUAAAAAAAUCAUGAUUAACGUAUCUCUGCAAAAUUCUGUGUUUAGAUCCCACAAGUGCAGUACAUCGAUUUAAGUGAGACAGUUCAUGUUUUGAAAGCUGUGUCAUUGUGACUAGUGGACACUUAAACUUAUACUUUUUGUGGUUAGUCACUUUUUGGGUGCUGGGGUGUCCCCUAGAUGGAGGUUUAACCUGGGUUUUAGGACCCAUAAAAAGUGUCCCUUUCCCCUGAGUAGAGAUGUUCCUUCAAUAGAGGUAACAGAUUAUGGUCAAAGAUUAUGUCAACAUUUUUCCUGGACCAAAUUUUAUGUCCCCUAAAUGGAGGUGUCUCUUGAAGAGAGGUGUCCCAAAGGACAAGUUCCACUGUAGAAAUGUCAAACCAAGGGAAAAAAGUUGCUACAUAGUGAGAACAUAUGCAGUGGGCGAAUUGAUAACGGAAAAAGCAGUGUAGUAGAAGCCUGCAUUUGAGAUAUUGUAAAUGCUCUCAAAUUAUUUGUUCAUGGAAACCAUACCUGAAAUCUCUGACUUCAAAAAUGGUAGACUGCAAAACAGUCCGUAUUUUUGCGUAUUCAAGUACGCGCGAGCAGUCAAACAAAAGGUCUGGAAUGAGGCUGAAAACAGAGAGCGAGACUGGGGAGAGACGCUAAAAAUACGGACUGUUUUUUUCUCUCGCCUCACACGCUUCGCGCGCGUAAGACUCUUACGCCACGCUUUACCGAUUUCUUUACUGAUUUUGAGAAAAAAACCGACUGUUUUGCAGUCUACAAAAAUGGAUGAAUUUUUUAUUGUCCAUCGUAAACAGCAAAGUUGUGUUUCUUCAUUGACUUUUGCUGCAUAUCUCUCACUUUUCAGAGACAGCAGAAGAAAACUGUUUAGAAGAAAACCACACUGAAGCUGAUCACAGUGAUGACUCUGUCAGGGUGAAAAUUGCUGAUCUCGGAAAUGCAUGUUGGGUGGUAAGUUCAUGUAAACUGGCCAGAAAAACAGCCUCUUUUCUUAUCUUAGACCACCUUCUUCAUCUCUCCUAUUCUGUUCCAGACGUUCAGUUUGUGGGAACAUCCAUGGAGAUGUGAGGAAGAUAAACGUUUUACCACGGUGUGGCUACUUGUCAAAUUCGCUACGUUCGAGUUCGCUACCAACAUAUUCGUCUCGCUGCCUGUUGGCAAAGUCCAAAACUUGCACCUUCGGAGGAAUAAGCUUAAAAGAACGAAAAAUAUACUAAAAGAUUAUUUUUCUAGAGCGAUUAAGGGAAUAAUUUCAGUGGUUUACAGAAAGUAAUAUGUAGCGAAUUUGUUGCGAACUAGGACGUAGCGAAUUCGACAAGUAGCGAAACCGGAUAAAUAGCGAGCCAGGGGAUCUUGUUUUCUCUCGUCAAACUGUGCUGGCAUCGGGGCGCUUAUUCGGGGAGGAGAGGGCCUUUUGUUUGAAAUUAUGGCCUAGGGGGAGGGCCUUUUUGGCGGGAGGGGGCUUAAUCGAGGAAAUACGGUUUUCUCCAAAAAUGGUCACCCCGAAAAGCUUCAUUUUACGUUUUUUUCACUUGAAAAGUUAACAUGGUUAUUUUGAUUUAAGGAGGUUUAGCCCACUCCCGAUCGACAUUUUCGCUAAAACUUGUAGUUGAAUGACGGCGGCUAUCAUGUUUUCGCGCCAAAAUGACGCUCGUUCACGGGCGACCACUGAUAAGUAUUAAGAAAAUCUCGUUCUCGUAAUCUUCCUCGUCUUAGAAUCUAAUGCGGGGUCCGAAAUUGCGCCUUCCUGGUCGCCAAUGCGACUAAAAAUUUAGUCCUGGCGACCAGAAUUUAAUAGCUGGUCGCCAGCUAGCGACUUGUUAAGUUAGUUGUUAUUGUGGACUUUAAGGUUCGGAGAAACUGAUUAAGAAUUGAAACCUCGAAGCUAUUUGACAACAGGUGUCUUACUUUUUGUCCUGGUGAUAUUUUUUAACUAAAAGUGAAACGAAUCUUCCUGUAAUAAUCAGAAUAAUACCUCCACAACAGCUACGAUCAAUACGAGUUGAACAUUUCCAAGCCGCUAUGUUGUUUUCAGCUGAAAUACGGUAAGUACGUUAUGUACGUUGUGGACUGGUACGAGUAAUGUGGCAGUUUGUGGCCUGGUACUGUCACAGUGAUAUGGGCAUCGCGGCUUGACUCGUGUUUAUGUUUCGUGUUUCGUGGUAGUUAUCGGAAGAAAAUAGAGUUUUGAUAUGAUCAGUGCAGUUAUGGGCAGACAGUUUUCUGUUCCUGCGUUCUAGGUCAGACAGCUUUGUAUCUCCAAAAAGUAAUUUGUGGAAAAAGUAAGACUUCACUCGUACACGUACGGUUACUUUCUGAUAUCGGGAGCGAAAGUAGUGCAAUUUUUGAGCAUAAAAACGUCCAUACCAUGCAUUUUAUUCGUGUUUAAACUUUUAUUUGAAAAAUAGGGAGGGGAAAUUUUUGGCGACCACAAUUUGCCCUCUGGCGACCAAAAAUUUAUACUUGAUCGCCAGUUGGCGCCCGUAUUAAAAAGUUAAUUUCGGACCCUGUAAUGGUUUCUAUUAAUCCUGCUUCAGCAUCACCAUUUUACAGAGGAGAUCCAGACAAGACAAUACCGUAGCCUGGAAGUGUUAAUAGGUGCAGCGUAUGGUCCCGCCGCUGAUAUGUGGAGUACAGCAUGCAUGGUGAGUGGAAACUGUGGGCUUCAGCAUAUGGCAACAUUUAUAAUGUUUGAAUCUAAUUUCAGUAAUACAUAUAAACCCAGGUUUUGCACGCACCUUGAAAGUCCUUGAAUUUUAAAUUAAAUAUUCAAGGCCUUAAAAGUCCUUGAAAAUUGCAGUUAGUCCUGGAAAGUGCUUGAAUUUCAAUGCUAACUUUAUAGUUUAAGUAGAACUCCAAAGAGAAAGGAGCAAACACGGAAAGACAUUUGGGAUAAAUUACUGAAGACAUACACUCAAGGCUGUUUUUCGCACUGAAGGGAGUCCUUGAACAAUGGGAACUGUGCCCUUGAAAGUCCUUGAAUGUUUUUGUUCAAAAAAGGGUACGAACCCUGUAAACCAUUGUCAUUUAACAUUAAAAAUCCGGUUGAAAAUCUAGGGCAUAAGCACUUAACAAUAUAUUAAAUUUGACCUAGUGGGAGAAGUACCCGGUAACAAUAUAUCCAGAUCAGCUGGAAAGAAUUGAGAUUAAAAAUUGCAUCGCCUCAUAUCAUAGCCCAUAUUAUUUUUAUGAAGCUUCUAAAAUGGAAUCAAGCAAGCUAUUCCAAUCAGACUUUGCAACUUCGCGAUGAGAAUACCUCAAGAGCUGUGUCACGAACUGAACUGAAAUGAAAUGAAAUCGGUUUUGUUGCUUGUUAUUUUGUUGUAUCGAAAAUACAUGCUCAGACGCGCAUUCGUUGAACAACCUACUGACCCACGUAGUUUUGUAUCGCAGGCUUUUGAAUUAGCGACUGGUGACUUUCUGUUCGAGCCUCACUCGGGAGAAGACUAUUCAAGAGAUGAAGGUAACUUUUUUUUGUUUUGCAACUGCCUGUCGGAGUUGCUGUUUUCAAUAAUAUUUGUGAUCGUCGUUUUUCCUUGUUAGAUCAUCUUGCUCACGUCAUUGAACUUCUUGGGAAAGUGCCGAGGCAUAUAGCCCUGUCAGGGAAAUAUUCCAGGGAUUUUUUUAACAAGAAAGGUUAGUAGCUAGAGUAACUAAUUGAAAAGUUAAUCUCAGUGCAUUUCCAAUAAGUGAGCGUCCCGGGAGGUGCCCGCAAGGUUUGUGAGUCGAGUGAGAACGGUGUGUAUGCCAGUCCUGUGGUGAUGAGGCAUCCCCUACCCCUCCCCCACCACUUUCAUAAUCAUUGUCAUCGUCGUCACAAUUUAUGGGCCAAUCCUGUGAAAAACCGCCCCUCCCCUCCCCCACGAACGUCAUCAUCAUCAUCAUCGUCAUCAUCAUUGUCACCAUCAUCAUUAUCUUCGUCGUCAUCAUUUCUUUGCCGAUCCUUUGAAAGGCAGCCCCUCCUAGGCGCAGAUCCACACCGGUUUCCACCGUUUUACGGAAAUUGGUCAGUUUUUCAUCAUAAACAUAUUUUUGGCAAUAAAGAAAUACUCUUCAAGUUGAAAUCUGGAGAAUGGUUGGGACCAAUAUUUUUUUCUUCCAUUUUCCGGGCAUUAGACUCGCUAUGAGAUUUUCAGCUGGAAAAUCAUUUGUCACUGUCUAGUCUUCUUUACACAGUCAGUAACGCCCUGACUUUCAAACAGCGGUCACGCCGUCGUCAUCACAUUCAGAACCCCAGGCAAGGGGACUUUGGUAGUUAAAAUCUAAAAAACCUCCCGGGUAAGCAUGCCCCCGGACAUCCCUGGAAGCUUGUUCCCGCCUUUGGCACUCGUUAGGAAAUCGGUCACCAUUUAUCCUACAUUCGCGCCUGCGUUUCCUCAAUGAAACCAUCGUGUUAAGAACAAUGUGGUCAGACUGAAGAAAGGAAUAACAAAUCUGGCUGAAACUGACUGACUUCCUGAGGAAGUGAGUGAUUUGGGAAAAACAUUUAGACAGGAAGUACGUGAAAAUCAAGUGAUCGCAAAACGUUCCGACCUUAACGAGAGAACUGUUAAGCAACACCAGCUCUACAAAUGCCCAGUGGAGAUUCGCACAGGUUGCCCAGACUCGCAAUGUCAGGCAAUAAGCUUUGCUUUAUUAUUGUUAAGCUACAUUAAACAAAUGCGUAAUUAGCUUAGUAUUUAUAACUUCUUUCCCAUUACACUGUGGAGUUGCUGUAUAAAAUAAUUAACUGUCUGUCACUUUAACUUUUACAUCUGUGGACGAAAUCCUUGAGUCUUGCCAUUUAAAUGAAACCUUUUUGCCAGAACAUCUGCUAUAGUACAAUUUUUUUCUCAGGAUUUUUUAACAAUAAAUUUUUCUAAAUGUUCUUCGACCGUUAUUAGGAAUGAAAUUGUUAAGGAAUUCUUUUUUUCUUGUUAAACAGGGGAGUUGAAGCACAUUUCCAAGCUACGACCCUGGUAAGUGCAGUAAUACGGUCGAAUUAAAUCCUUUUUAUCCAUGACUAAACCAGUCUGGAAACUUCGGUUAUGAACUUCAACCAGGUUAGAGACAAUAUCAACCUCGCUCUUCGCGAUACUGAAGUAAAAACACUUCUAUGUAAGUUGUGUGAUGUGUCUCGUUCUUUCCACAAGUCUUCUGAGUAAUAUGUCAAUCAUUUUUUUUUUGUCGCUGUAGGGGCUUAUAUGACGUUCUACGCGAGAAGUAUGAAUGGCCUGAGCAGGAUGCUAUGGAAUUUUCAGCAUUCUUGCUUCCUAUGCUGGACUUCAACACAGAAAAACGAGCCUCAGCAGCUCAGUGCCUUGAUCAUCCCUGGCUUAAAGAUGUCGUUUAGUGUCCUUAAUCACAAUAUGACUUUGAGCUGACUGGACAACACAGACCUACUCUCUUAUAAAGUCAGGUGGAUGUUGAAAAGGACUACUCGUUUUGUCAGCCUCGUUUUCAGAAGAGGAUAGAGGAGCCUGGGAACGAGGCAAGAGACUUAUUUUUGAUUAACACUGGGGUCGCGAUGAACUAUUGUAAAUGUGAAUUCCCAGUUAAUCUUGAGAUAUUGCCUGUACAGCGUGGCUAGGAGAACAGUAACCAAUUGUUUAGUCUUCACAAUCCAACGAUGACUUUGGCCAGUAUGAAGUUCAGUGAAGCUAUUUUUGUUCAACAAUGGCCUUUAAGGUUGUUCAGAGCAGUUUUCCGCAUUGAUGAGUUUGUCAUAGACAACAACUACCCGUUUACUUUCAGACGUGGACCUAUUUUAUGUCGCGCAUUAAGGUCACAACGACUGAAUAGCGUGAACGUUACACACUAUCUUAAAGACCUUCUCUGUACAGUUUGGCCGAAAGAACGUUAACCAGUUUCCGCAAUUUUUAUUAUAAACGGUUGCUCUCCCAGGAUUAGCAGAGUUCAAGCCGAAUAUUCCUGGGAAUAUUUCCAUGUCCAUUGACGAUGGAGAUUGUAUUUUUUUGUAAGAAUUUUUCUCCAAGAAUUCUCUAAGUAAUGAGGACUGCAUGUGGAUAACGUAAUUUCAAAGAGUAUAUAUAAAGAGCCUAUCAGGGACACUGCAUGUUUCGGAAGAAAUGACGUUUACGUGGAGAAGUUGAACUCCUCCUUGAAUGUGCUAUCUGCUCUAUUCAAAUAUCAGAGUGAAUACGAGGAUUGCGCAUUAAGCUAUAUUAUGGUAACUCUAAGGCCCCGAUUAUAUGAAGAAAACCUGUCUUGGGUAGAAGGUUCACCCUCCCUAUCGUGUCAACUUAAGUCACGCAUGCUCUGAUUGUCAUGCCUUUACCGUGUUGACCCGGCUGUGCGAGGCAUAGUGUUUAUAUGGAGAAACGUUAACCCUGGUGGGAGGGUGACCCUAGCCGAGCCAGCUUUUUUGUUUCUCAUGUAAACGGCCGCCAAGUCUUUUACUGCGCUUUUCAAAAACACACAAAUUUUGAAGUUCAAAAGCCAACUGACGUUUGCGUUCUUCGCUGCCGUCAAUCAUCUUAGCGGACCUCUUAGGAAACGGAAGUUUACUUCAACGAGUUCAAAAGGUCAUGGUUUGUGAUUGGUGGAAUUCGAUCCGUUUUGUGUGUUCCAGUGUUUCAAGGUUUGUUGCGUGUGAUCGUAAUUAUGAUUGAAGGCAGUGUAAAACGCAAUUGUCAAGGCGGCAUUUCAACUUUAGAGUUGGCGUGUUUUUGAAAAGCGCAGUAAGGAAAUGCAUGAAAAGUUGGCUCUUCCAGCAGGGUAUCUCGGGUAGGCGAGUGACCCUUCCAUCCGUCAACGUUUCUCCAUAAAAACGGGGCCUCACUAAAAAUGCAGCCAUUCAGUUGGUCAACUUCGAAAUGGCUUGACUUCUUGUCGUUUAACCCUAAAUUCUAGUCAUCAGACAGGGGCGUAGACAGCUUUUCGACUGGUUGCAGGCCUUGCUGACUUUCAUUUCCACACAUCUGAAAAUUGCACGCAUGACUAGUGCGCACUGAUCUCACCAACACUUUCAGCUCUUAAACUUUUCAGCUCACUUCAACAACGCAUAAUUUAUUACAAGCGGUAGAGUUAUUAAGCCAAAAAUUUGCAGGUCCGGGUCUGUAGGUCUAUGGGCUGGCUACGCCCCUAUCAGAUACGUUCUCUGUACCGCGUAGUUAACGACAGUUAACAGAGUAACGAAACAUAGAUAUCUAC